AAUAAUUCUCAUUUCCGAUUCUGCUUUGGAUGUUCCUCCUGGAUAGAUCGCUAUUAAAUCGAGCGCCAUUCACGCAGAACUUGCUUGAAUACAGAUGAUAAUCUGAACAGAGGCUUCACGCAAGCAGCAGUGUGGAGAUGGAAGCGUCCACCAACGGCUCCAGUUUUGGAAUCGACUCCCUGCUAUCCCACAGGCCCGGAAGCCCAGUCAUCGCGAAGGGGGACAGUUUGGUUGGAGAAUGCCGGUCCCCGCUGGAGUUCAGCCCCAGGUCAGACUUAGAGAGCGGUUGUUCUACUCCUCCGUCCCCGCGGCGGGAGUGCGGUGAGGAUGCGGCGCAGAGACAGGGUCACCUGCUCGGGCUCGCGUCCCAUUUGCAGCUCGGGCCGAUCUCCGUUGGAUCGCAACCUCGGACUGUCACUUCAUCCUUCUUAAUAAGAGAUAUUCUGGCUGACUGUAAACCCUUAGCGGCGUGUGCUCCUUACUCCAGUAACGGCCAGCCGACUCAGGAGGCAGGGAGACUGGCAUCUAAAAUCGCAGAAGACUUAAUUGAAAAGAUCCACAGUAACUCAUCGUCAGACAGUGAAUACAAAGUGAAAGAGGAGGGCGAGAGGGAAGAAGCCACGGAAAGCGCGGACCGCCUUCACUGA